AUGAACCACGAGCGGAUACUCGAGAAGCGGGAGACGAUCCUGCAGUACUGCCACCGGCUCACGGAGAUGCACCGGGCUGCGUUGUUCGACGAGGAGGAGAGCCCGCGGAACCUCUCUCUCCAGCAGUUGCGCAAAAACAUCCACAUAUGUCUCAAGGACUUGUGCCGGCUCAACACAUGGCUGACGGAGCAGGACGGAGGCUUCCGCAAGGCGCUCGGGUCGUUGGAGCGGUACGAAAGCAAGCUCGCGGCCUUGCUGGCGAAGGAGCGGCAGCUCGGCGAAGAGCGGCAAGCGUGGGAGGCGGCAGUGCCCGCGGGCGCGGGCGAUGACAGCGGCGGGGUGUUUACGGUCCACGGCGGGCACCAGCGGCACCUCAACGCGUACAUAGAGAGCAUGGGGGUGGACAACACGGGGCUGGGAAAAGAGCCGGACGCGUUGCCGAGGCUCUCGCGGCAGCAGGCGCUCGGGCACGUGGCGGUGCUUCGCCUGGCGCAGGCGGCGGUGUCGCGCGAGAUCAGCCAGGCCGAGGGGCUCUUGAAGAGCUUCCGCAAGGACCAGACAUUCAUCAAGGCCGAGCUCGCGAAGCUGGAGGCGUUCGUGCGGGCGCAGAAGCUCGCGGUCGAGCGCGAGCUCGAGGGCGUGCGCCGGUCGCAGGAACACAUUUUCCGCAAGAUCGGGUUACUCAAGCUUCCGGCGCGGGAGCGCGAGCCGCUGGGCCUGGGCCGGCGGCCCGCCGCGGACCUGGAGAGCAUGAAAGCCCAGAUGGAAGAGUUUCUACAUGUCCGCAAGAGCGCGCUCAAGGCGAUGCUUUCGGAGCACAAGCAAGAGACACAGUUGCUCAAGUCACAGCAGGAGGUGUGGAAGGAGGUCACCACGCUCGUGGAGGACUUGGAGGACCGGAUACGCACGCGAUUUGCGACGGCCGCGAAGGUCGACCCGGUGGAGUUGCGGCGGUUGAUAACCGACGCCAUCACACAGAUAAAGUCGCUGCACUACGAGGAGAGCUAUCCAGACGUUCUGACCUGCAUUCGGGAUGAAAUUGCGGCCCUCGAGAAGGCGAACGACCAGUUACCCUUUUCCAAACAGAAGUCAAUUACGGACAAGCUUGUUCCGGUGAACACGGGAGCUGGCUUCCUGGUUAAUAGCACGUCUCCCCCGAAGGUGGGGCUCACGAAAAGCAUUGUGCCCUCGAGCUCGAUGGCCACUAAUAAAAAAUCAGUAUAA